AUGUCCGUCGACGGGCCGUUCAGACACAACGAAAGUACGUCAAAUAUAACGGUCUGUGCUCGCUUCAGGCCUUUGAGUUCGAAAGAGAAAAGAGAUCAUGGUGAUACUGUCUGUAUUCGAAGCAUUGACACUGAAACUUUCCCUUUCAAGGAUGAGAAGGAGGAAGAUUUCACUUUCAGCCUCGAUAGGGUAUUCUAUGAGGAAUCUAAGCAAGCUGAGGUCUAUGAAUUUCUAACUUUGCCUAUCGUUCGAGAUGCUGUUAAUGCAAUCAACGGGACGAUUAUUACUUACGGACAGGUAACAUCAUUGAAAGUGAACGCUGGGAAACUAGUCCUUGUGGACUUGGCAGGAUCAGAGAAAGUGGAGAAAAUGGGGGCUGAAUGGAGAGUUCUUGAAGAAGCUAAAAUGAUCAACAAGUCCCUCUCAGCCCUUGGGAAUGUUAUAAAUGCUUUGACAUGUGGCUCAGGCAGAGCAAACCACAUCUCAUAUCGUGAUUCCAAGCUUACUCGGAUUCUCCAGGAUGCGCUUGUUACUCUCAUCUUGCCGGGUGGGAUCUCCAGAACUGCUUUAUUGUGUUGUUGCUCACCGAGCUCUUCAAAUGCAUCAGAGAGCCUAUCCACUCUUCGGUUUGGCGGGAGGGCAAAGCAUAUCAAGUCAUCACCACGUGUUAACUGCAAUGAUGAUAAACUUGCUAAGAAGCAAGAAGUUCUCUAUCCAAAUAAAGAUGAAUCAUGCGAGAGAAUUUUAAACAAGUUGAGGGAGAGAUUGGAUAUUGAAGAUGUGAAAUUACUCAAAGAGUUGUUCAUACUGGAGGGAAUUUUCUUUGAUCCAUAUUCGGUUGAUGAAGAGCUGGAAACAGGUUAUGAUGAUGCUACUUUAGGGACAAUUUCCUUAUUACAACACGAAUUGGAAGAGCUUGUGCCUAAUUUCGAAGAGGGGGAGAACAAGGCUCUCAAAGACAGAAUAGCAGCCGUUGAAAGGCAUGAUGCACUCCGCAAGGAAGAUGGCAUAAUUUCAAAUGUUCUGGAUAAGAUUUCAGGCAUUAUCCGUUUCUUCAUUUUCUGGGGAUCAUUCUCUUCUGUCAAGAUGCCAUUUCAAGGUUCUGUCUCGCACACAUAA